AUGAACUCAGUAAGAGAAGAUGAAAGCUCAAAGUUACAAAACUUAGCUAAUCUCAACACUGAAUCGAACCUGGAGUUUGGCAAUGUGAAUCCUAAAAGGGUGAAGCUAUUGACUAAGAUUUUAAUGGACAACAAAUAUGGUUUACUAGACGAUUUGAACUACAGCAGGCCGCUAAUAUCUAGUGCAGAUGGUAUACAGGCCGUUGGGAGUGGUAGAGAUGUGCCUGGGUAUGAAAAUGCUAUGAACCCCAUGGCGCAACAAAUAACAGAACAGGAUGUAGCAGAUAGUAGUGGGGUAAAUAUACAGCAUUUGAUCAAUCAACAGAAGCAAUUGCCCAUAACUGGAACCACGAAAGCUAUUUCUCGUACUACAAAACUAAAAGCAGAUAGAGUCCGGAUCUAUCUAGAUUACUAUUACGGUAUCUUGGAAAGAAGCAUACAAGUUGAUAGGAAAGAUCAUAAACAUGAAGGUGUAGAGGGUGUUUAUAACCCGCUUCAAAUAAUUAGAAAUAGAAAGUUAAAGAAGAAGAAUAAUGACAUGCCCGUCAGAGAGCUGGGAAUAUCAAAGACACCAUUUAUUGCAAUAAAGCAGUUUUCAUCAAAACCUAACAAAAAGAUGCCAUGGUUUGUAGAUAUAACAGAGAAGCAUACUGAUAUGACUUGGAGAACCUCACACUGGGAUGAAUUAAUUGGACCAGAUGGUAAGCCUUGGUCUGGUAAAACUAAGCAUCAUUACUCGGAAAAAAUUCGCCACAGACCACAUAUUCACCAUCACAAGAAGCAAUCUGAAAAAGAGGAGCAUGAGGAAACGGAGAAUCAAAAACAAUCACAGCAAAAUGGACCACCACAGAUUAAUAUUGUUGGUGACUCAACAUCCAAAGGCUCAAAUGAUAUUGCGUCAUAUAACAGUAGUACAACCGAUUUAGGAAGCAGCACAUCUAAAUUUCAGGCUCAUAGUGGCACGAAUGAAGGGACAGCUGAUAUAAGCACGGUCGAGUCAGAAGGUCUUGCUCCUCCAACCAAAAUCAACAGCAGUAACUCUCCAAAUGAAAGUCUGUUGUCAGAUAAAAGAAAAUCUUCUCCUGAUAGUACGAAGAACAAUUCCAAUUCAGGGAAGUCUGACGAUAAUUUACACUCGCAUCUGGAAAUAAAUGCUACUCCUAACACAAGGAGAACAUCAAUAAAUUCAAUUUCCGACCAAUAUUCAAACCAGUCGGUAAAUUCCAGUAAAUAUGGAGAUAAAAACCAUCUACAUAGAUUGGAGAAAGUUAUAGGUAAAAAACCUAAAAAGUGGUCAAAAUCAGCUAACAAACUGUCCAAAAAGGUUAAUGAUGUAACUGGAACAACAAUGAAUAUUGCCAACAUCCCAGAGGAAAUUGGAGCUCCAAUAAACAUAGUAACUAAUGGUUUAACCGAUGCAGUCAACAAAGCAAUAACAGUCAAUAGUGGUACGAAUAUUAAUGGAACAUUGACGGGUCAAAAUAGUCUAAGUAAUAUUUCCCAUGCAAAAGACUUAAAGGAGGCUUUAAAAGAAGGAAAGAAUAGUAAGGAAGGGAAGUCAGGCUCUCAUGGAACUGAAACCACAAAGUCAGUAAUAAACAGUGAAUCCAGCAGCAAUAGUAGCAGUGGUAUUAUAAUGGGAAAUGUCCAGUAUAUGUCUCCAGCGGAGGCUUUAACAAACCAGAAGAAGAGUAUUCUACUAAGUGACAUCCCAGUUGAGCACUUAAAAACCGAUAACCAAUUUGACACUAUUGCUGAAAAUAGUAAAGAUGGCGGUGAUGAUGAAUCAUCUAAUGAAUUAUCUAUACGUGCCAACAUAAAAAACACUAACGUAGACUGGCAAUUGCAAAGAUACUGGCAGGAUAUGAAGUAUAUUUCAAGCACUAUGACAUUAAUGAAACACAGAAGGAUGACACAUGACUUAGUUAAGAAGAAGGAGAUUCAUAGAAGGAACAUGGUAAAAGUUGAUCAUGAUGCAGAUGCCACGAUAGCCAGCACAACGGAGGUUUUGAACAACUAUCAAAACGAACUGGUUAAAGUACUGAAGAUCGGUAAUGACUGGACAUCGAAACUAUUAAAUGAUUACUCCAUCCGUGUCGAUUCUUUAAUCUCGUCUAGUGAUAGAAUUUUAAGUGAUAUCAAUACAACACUUACUUUAAAACUGAAAUUAUUCCAGGAGAACUCAGAGCGUUAUGGUAAUUCUAAAGUUGUCCAUGCACCUAAGAUGACUAAAUUGGUCUACCGGUUACUUGAAUACACAAUUGUUGGUUUUCUGUGGAGUGUAUGGCUUGUUGUAUUCAUUGUAAAAAACAUCAAAUUGGCAGUGAUAGUCGUGUUGAAGAUUGCCAAGAACGUUUUAUGGUAG